AAAAUAUUUCAUUGCCCUUCAAGAUUAAUAAAAGGAAGGAAUACAAUUUCUACUAAUUAAAAAUGAAGAGUUGUCCAAUUCUUGCCUAAUGAAUGUCUAAGCUUGUUAACAAAAGGAGUAAAAGAAAUGAGCCCCAGCCCCUCAUUCUUUUCUUUUUGUUUUCAGCGUCAGGGAACAAAGAGAAGGAGAAAUGGAGUAUCUAAAGGUCGGAGAACUUGCCAGAGAGAAGUAGAGGAGGGGAGGAAGCUGCCUUCUAUUCUGAAAAGUCUCAUGAGCCAGAAUAAUGAUUUCCUCCGCUUUCGGCAACUGUUAUGUAAAUGCCCGCUCUGUGGGAGGUGUAAUAGAACACCAGCUAAGGUCAGUCAACUGAUCUGUAAGGCGUCCUUGGAAGAUGCUCUUAAUUCUGUGUCCCGUGUGUCUUCCUUGACGUCUGUGAGAGAGUCAUCAGUUUUUCUGUCCGAUGUUGUCUCUGCAAUCCCUCCGGGAGCUUCAGUUUCAACUCCUUUAACUGAGCCAACUCUAUUUCCUUCCUCUAUUCGUUCACCUGACCAAAUUACCCCUUUAAUGGACCUACCUGGACCCUCAUUACUGGGUGACUCUCUGCCACCAGAGCCUUCUCCCUUGAGUUCAAAAUUGCCAGUGGAUCAUAUCCCACCUCAACCAUCUGUUCCAACUCCUCCCCCACCUGUUCCAACCCUUCCCCCACCAACUGACAGUCAAGAAGCAAAACCUGUUCUCCAACCAGAAGCCCCUUUGUCUCUGGUGGAUAGCCCUGAUGGGUUGUCUACUAAUGUCCCAACAACCACAUGCACUGACAAUGCAAGCCUUCUAGUGUCAGAGUUCUCUGGAAACCAGUCUCAUGCUGAAAACUUGUCUCCAUCUAAAUUGGAGCACUCUGAUGAUGACAAAAACCUCCUCGACCUCCAUCCUCCUGAGGCCUCUUUUGAGAGUGAUACUACAGCCAUCCUUGUAGAGCCCGGAAACCUCUCAUUUCUAUGCCCUGAUGUCUUGGCCCUUCUGGAGAGACAUAUAAAAAAGAAGGGUGAUUUCCUGAUGCAGAACAAAAAGAAAAAGGAAAAAAAAAUCUUUUCCAAAAGAACUUAAGCCAGACGACCAAUUGAAUUCUUCAGGGAAAAGGUUAGAGUCAGUUGCUGAGCAACAGGACUCACCUGUCUCCCUUCCUUCACAGAGCAGUGAAGGCAAAUCAGAGGGAUUGCAGGUAGACCACCAGUCCUCAGAUCCUAAGACCUUUGAGGAUAACUUACCUAAAAAAUGUACCCAAUUCUUCUGGGGUCUCCCAUCUUUGCAUAGUGAGUCCUUGAAAUCUAUAGUACCUGAAUCAGGUGACUGUUCAACCUAUGUCUGCUUCAAUUCAAUGCCUAGUUCCUUUGAAGCCCCUGAAUCUCUAGUUCUACCCCCUCCCCCAACUCUGUCCUUGCCUGAGAUCCAAUCUCAACCCUUGACCCAAGCACUGUGCCAAUCUCCUGUCCCACCCCAGGACCAGCUUCAGUGCCAAUCUCCUGUCCCACCCCAGGACCAGCUUCAAUUUUCAGUCCCUACCUUGUCACCACCCAUUUCAUCUCAGGUUAGUGAUGGUGGAGUGAGGAUUCAUAGAUUCCAGGAUGAGGUACACUCUCUCAUGCCAUCCAAAAUUCAUGACUUGGAAUAUAAUGUAUUACAGAAAGGACAGGAAAGUUUGUGGGGUUUACCCUCUGUGGUUCAAAAAUCCAAGGAAGAGUUUUGUCCUGCAGCUCCCAGUGUUUUAUCUGAUAGACGGUCCUCCAAGGCUUAUGCUCCAACAACCAUCAUUCUGGGAGAUUUUCCCCUCAAAAAAGAGCUUCGGAAGAAGCUAGAGCACCACCUUCAGAAAAGGCUUAUUCAACACCGGUGGGGUCUGCCCCGCAGAGUCCAUGAGUCUCUGUCAAGGAUGAGUCCUGAAACAGAAAUUUCCGAGAUAUCUGAGUCAAAGUCCACUUAUGGACUUUCAUGGAUCUCUUUGUUUAAGGGUCAAAGUAGCAAAGAUUUACAAUUGAGCCAUCCCAGAAGUUUCCAU